AUGACACUCAAUACCAAUCACUCCAAGAAUGCCUCCACAUCAUGGCCUCUCUCCUCUUUCUUCUCACUUUCAAUGAAAUCCUCGUCCUCUUUCACACUCAUUCUCCUUCUACUCAUUCUAUUCAUUGUGUGCAAUGUCAUCUUUAUUUAUCAUCAGUCAUCAUCGAGUAAGAGAAAUUCUAAUCAUCUCGAUAUGGAAAUUCAACAGCUCACUCAAAAAAUUGAAGAAAUGAGUCUACAGAUUAAUCAAUUAUUAGAACAGCAGCAGCAAGAACAUACUGUACAAUCCCAACCAUUCGAUGUCAACCUUCAACCUUCAUCUCCAAAAUGUCAUGAAAGAAAUGAUGGUGGUCCUCUUCAUCCGAGCAAAAUGGAUGACCCUUUACCAUCGAAAGACCAUCCAACCACUACUACUGAAACAACAUUAAUAUCGUCGACUCCACAAUCAUCAGGUCAUGUUGUCGUCAACAAUUCCACUACCAUUCGACUCGUAUUGGACUCUCUCAAAUCCAAAUGCAUGCAUGACAUGAAAUUCCAUAAAAAACGAUCCGUCGAUGAAACACAAUACAUUCAUUACAUGAGUGUUGGAGUCAUGAGUUCCAUUCAACCUCGAUAUAUGAAUUUAACACUGUCCAUGUUGAGAAUGGGAUGGCUUUUAAAUUUUGAGCAUAAACGAGUGUUUGUUUUGGAUCCCAUUCCUAAACGUCAUGAAUUGACAACGAAUGCCGAUUAUGAACCACUGUUUUGGAAAGGUAAAGAAUUUUUCAUGGCCGAAUAUGGAAUGACCCAUGCAGAAAUUGAGAAACUUGUGAAAAAACAACAAGAUUCAAUCAGUAACAAUUCUUCAAUGAUUGUUGAACAGAAGAAUGAACAUUUGAAUGAUCAUCAUGAGGCAGAUCUAUAUCUCGAUGAAUAUUCAUUGGACUUGGUGGAGAAAUAUUUUGUGAAUAUUUUCGAACAUGUCCAUCCCAAUACCAUUUCCAUGAAAGUUAAUUCAGCAUUUGAUGAUUGGUCCAAUGAAUGGAAACGAAGUCAAUCGGCGUUUAUCUAUGCACUGAAAUAUGUAUUGGAACGAUUUUCUUCACCUUGGUAUUUUGUGGUCGAUACGGAUUCAUAUGUGGAUACACAUUGUUUGGGAAAUUUCUUUCAAUAUUAUGGACAAUGGACGAAUUUUUGUCCUCUUGCCUUGGGAGAUAGUAGACAGGGAUUUAUGGGUGGACCUGGUUUGAUGUUUAAUCAUCGAGUGAAAGAAAUGUUGCAAAGACAUAUUAAGCAGUGUGUGGAUUAUACUAAAAAAGGAGGAGAUUGGGAUAUUGGAUUGAAUGGAGAUCAUCGAAUUGAAAAAUGUUUCAAGCAUGCAGGAUUGAACAUUCAACAUGCCCGAGAAUUUGUUCAAGCCUAUUGGACAAGAGAUGAAAAAGAAUACAAAAGCAUGAAAUGUGUCAUGAGUUUACACUAUGUCAAGACUGUCGAGGACCAACGAGAAAAAUAUGAAAAAGAACUUGCCAAAUAUUGUGAAAGUCAUUUGUAUUCUUACGUGUAG